GAGACGGGGCAGUUUAUUUAGCAGUUGUAAGAGGGAAAAACUCUGGAGAAGCUGGGAAAUGGCAGCAGCCCCGAGCAGGCAGCUGAAGGACUGCUCUGAAGGGCAGCAUCCAUCUCGAGAGCCCGAAGCUCUCAACGCUGAGUCCCAGGGACUCCAGCACAGCACCCAAGUGUGCUGGAUGCUGAGGCCCUCCCUCCACAUUCACCCUCACAGCCCGGCUGCCUGCUUGCCACGCACCGCACCAGCAGGGAAAAGCCCUGCCCAAAGGCCCCGGGAGCUCUUCCCGAGCAGCACCUGAGGGGACAUGGCUGACUUCUGCCCACAGGCUGCACCAAAGCCCAGGGACAGAGGAACAUGAUGGAGGCCAGGUUCCUCAACAGGAGUAUGAAGCACCCCCAGGAGGGACAGCGGCUGGAGCUGGAGUGCCUGCAUAACAAGAGGAACAGAACCCCAUUCUGGAUCCGCCUGGACAAGAGCAGGAACCUUCACUUCAUUAUCUCCAGUACACAGUCUUAUCCCUCUGCCGUGCAGGAGGAUGAGAAAACAGCUCCAAACUUUGAGGCACUAUGGAGAGGAAACUCCUAUCGGCUGGUGGUGAAGUUCUUCAGGGCACAGGACCAGGGGAUCUAUUUCUGCGUCAUCUCCAUCAACCAGGUGCUGCACUUCAGCUCUGGACAACCCGCCUUCUUCCCAGGUCA